AUGGCAACUAUAAUUCCUAAGCUCUUUUCAUUCAUCUCCCUCCUCGUCCUACUCCUUCCUCUCCUUGCCUAUGCAAAGGUUGAAGAACCAAAAAAGGGUGAUAAAAAACCCUCACCUUUCGAAUUUAUCAAGCAUUUGCAAGGGUGUCACAAGGGUGAAAAGGUUAAAGGGCUCAAUGAGCUCAAAAAGUACCUUAACAAAUUUGGUUACUUGAAUUAUCCUCACUCUGAAAAUCAAACGACCCAUGCCCACGAUGACGAUUUCGACAAUUUCCUCCAGUCUGCCAUCAAAACUUACCAACUGAAUUAUCAUCUUAACGCCACCGGAAACUUGGAUGGUCCGACAGUGUCAAAGAUGGUGGUGCCUCGAUGUGGGGUGGCUGAUAUCAUCAAUGAUGGGCCAGCUUUCCACCUCACAUAUGGAUUUUUAUCUAAUACCCAUCCUGAUGCCAUGGGUGCCGUGGCCCGGGCAUUCGAAAAAUGGGCUUCUGUAUCACAUUUCACAUUCACGAGGACGGGUGAUUUUGCCAAUGCUGAUAUUAAGAUUGGUUUCCAUAGGGGUGAUCAUGGAGAUGGGAAUCCGUUCGAUGGGCGUGGCGGGGUCUUGGCCCAUUCCUGGCCACCAACUGAUGGAAGGUUUCACUAUGAUGCAGAUGAAGUGUGGUCCGUUGGGCCAGUGGCUAAUGCUUUUGAUUUGGAGACGGUUGCAUUGCAUGAAAUUGGGCACCUUCUUGGACUUGGGCAUAGCUCAGUCCAGGAUGCAAUAAUGUUCUCAGGCAUUCCUCCUGGAGUGACCAAAGGUUUGCAUGGGGAUGAUAUUGAUGGAAUUAAGGCUUUGUACAACGUUUGA